AUCAAGCGGCAGUUGUUGUAAAAAGAACCUUCGGGCUAUCGAAUUAAGGUUUAUUUUUGAAUGGCCUUAGCGUAGCGUUGACUCGGCUCGGAGAGUUGGUGAAUUGGCGAUUCAUUCGCCGAGUCAGCGGAUCGGAUACCAAGUUACCAGUCAGUUUAGUGGCCGAGUUGAUUCGGAUUGCCAAUAGUCUUGAUUCGAAUCAACUCAUCUGUAGGUUGAUUCGGAUUAUUCGAAUCAGAUAACUCGACUCGCCCAUCGCUAGUUUGACAUUGACGUACAGUAGUGAACUUCGUCGUUUAGGCAAGUCGUUCACUGUUCAGGGACAAUGUUUAUUUUAAUAAAUUCCUAGUUCAUUUGCAAGUGUUUAUAGCUGUAUUCUAACGUGAACAUUUUUUGUAACAAGUAGUUUGCUGUACACUAGAAUUUUCGUUUGUUUUUAAACAUGUCUCGUAGACCCCAUACAAAAUCGCGCAUAAAAGUGUGUGAUAAAUCAUUUUUCCACCUUCAAGAUAAAAAGGCAGAUGAGGGUGUAUUGACGAAUGGUCUGAUUAAGUCGGCUAAGCGUACGGGGCAGCUCAGCCUGAGCCAGCGCGGCCUGGGAACUGUCCCAGAAAAUGUGUGGAAAAUAGAGGAGCUGGUAUUAGACGAGACGAAAGAAGUGGAUUUUGCCCGAGAGGACCGGCACAACUGGUGGAACAGUGAGCCGCUGAAGUUCCUGGAUCUCAGCUCCAAUGCCAUCGCCUCCAUUCCUCCCGAUGUCAAACUCUUGCAGGACCUUGUCACUUUAAAGCUUCAUGACAAUGCACUAACCUCCCUGCCAGAGGAAAUAGGUGAGCUGAAAAACCUGUCUAACCUGAGCCUGAACCAUAACAAGCUGGCAGCUCUGCCAAGUUCAUUCUUCCGGCUCAGUGAGCUCCGGUGGCUCAGCCUCGCUCACAACCAGCUCGAGAAGAUACCACCUGACUUUGGCGAUUUGGUCAUGUUGACCUUUCUGGAUCUGUCCAACAACAAACUGGCCGCCCUGCCCCCGGGCAUGGGCUACCUAGUGCGCUUAGUCGAGCUCAAUCUGUCACACAACCAGCUCCAGGAGCUACCGCCUGACAUCGUCAAUUUAAGAGACCUAAAGAAAAUGAAUAUAAGCCAUAACAAUCUACGCUCGCUGCCCGCACUGGGGGAGCUCAGACGAAUGGAAAUGCUAGACGCGAACCACAAUGAUAUUCAACAGUUACCGGACUUCUAUGGUUGUACAGCUUUAAAGGAAAUAUAUUUGGCUAAUAACUACAUUAAGGAAAUAACGGAAGAGUUUUGUGAUCAAAUGCAACACCUGAACGUGCUGAACAUCAGAGACAACCAAGUGGAGGUGUUACCAGAGAAUGUCGCUUUGCUAAGAAAGCUGAAACGACUAGACCUUGGCAACAACAGUCUAAACAAACUACCCAAAAACUUCGGCCUCCUAACCCAACUCCAAAGCGUCAGCAUGGAGGGCAACAAGCUGUCCUUCGUGCGGCAGGACGUGAUGCGCGCCGGCACCGACCGCAUGAUGAAGUUCCUCCGCGACCGCAUGCACGAGGAGAUCCUGGUCGAGACCAGAGUCAGUGGAGACCAGUGGCCGGACAAGUUCACACUGAAGAAGAGCCAAGCGUUGAUGGUGCCCGGCCGAGGAUUGACGACGCUCCCCGAGGAGGUGUUCCGGAACGCGGCCGAGGCGCAGGUCCACAUCGUCGACAUAUCCAGGAACAGUUUGACGCAAGUGCCUACAGGCUUAAGUAUCGUACGAGAAACGCUAUCGCAACUCGUCUUAUCCUCGAACCACUUGACCGAACUGCCCGCCGAGGUGGGGCAAUGCAAGCACCUGCAACUCCUGGAUAUCAGUAAGAACAGCCUGAGCCAGCUGCCGCCAGAGCUGGAGGCUUUGAAGGAUCUGAGGGAGCUCAUCAUAUCCAACAACAAGUUCACCAACAUCCCACAUUGCGUAUACUCGCUGGAGAACCUCGAGAUUCUACUGGCGGCUGAGAACAAGAUCAGCGAGAUCAACGUCUCGUCAGACGCGCUGGCGAAGCUGCCCCGCCUCGCUGUGUUAGACCUCGCUAACAACAACAUCGCCAGUGUACCACCAGAGCUGGGCAACUUCACACACCUCAGGUCUCUAGAGCUGAUGGGUAACGUGUUCCGGCAGCCGCGGCACGCCAUCUUGGAAAAGGGCACCGCUUCAAUACUCUCGUACCUCAGGGACCGCAUCCCCAACAAUUAACGCCUUACCCUAGGGCCAACAGCACGCUCCGAGACUAUUGGCUACGUGCGGAGUUGGUGAAUGAAAAUAUGAAUUUUUAAUGGGACGAAUUUUCCAUACUAUUUGGCAGCUGCCGACUGCCAAAUCAACAAUAUGUUCCACACCUAAGUACUAGACUGGCGCCACAGUCAUGCACUGAGCCAAUAUAGGCCCAGUUGCGCCAACCGCACUUGACGUUAAUCAGCCAUGAAUAAUAGAGAAGCUAGAGGAUACAGCAAAAUUUAGCAAACGUUUUAUCGGUGACAGAUGUUUUGGUGCAACAGACCCUUAAUUUGGCGGUUGGCGUCAGCAGCGAGCGUAGGUUUAGUGAGCAAGGUUUUAGCUGAGGCCACGCUGAAGGGUUCGGCGCACUCCAGUGGGGCUACGAGGGGCAGCAGCGGAGAGUGCGGGUACGAAGAUGCGCAUUUGUACGUAUUUAUUCAUGUUUUACAUUGGAAUACGUAUCCGUCCAGACCGAAUACGUAUAUGACCAGAGGAGACGGAUACGUACAUGUAAAUAGAGAUACCGAACUGUCAGUGUCAAAAGUGACAUUUCUUCAACCAAAACGUCACUUUUCACAAUGACAGAACGCUGUCGUAUCGCUGUGACAUCUUAUAAGCAUUGUUCGAAUUGGACCGUUAAUUUCUCGCAGAUACAAACGUAUCAAGAUUUUCAGUACCUAAGGUCCGUUCGAACAUGAGACUAUGUAUUUAUUUUGAAAUUUGUUUUAUUAAUAUUUGUUUCAGUAUGAUUCCUCAGCUAAGAUUUUAAGUCGAUUUUCAAAUAUCUUGAAAAUGUUACAUAGAACUCUGUAAUAUUGGGCCAGCGAAGUAGGAAGGAUUUUUCUUUUUUGACGCACUUUUGUGCUCGGAAUGGCAUUUUUUUGCAUUGCAACCUCUUUAAGAAACAUCUAUACCAACUGUUAGUCUAUGAGUAAAAAGUCGCGGAAUAUAAGGAAACCAAUACAUUCUGUGAUUCUCUAUCCGUACAGACUCAGACAUAUUUAAAGUUAAGAAAACCCAUUAAAUAGUUCUUAGAUAUCAUCAAGUAGAUUUUAAGUCGCUAUACACGCGGUCCAUUGCGUUUUUCUAUGUACAAUAAUUGAGUAGCUACAUAGCAACGAAGCUAUUUAACCAUUUGAACGCCGCCUAUCGCCUAUCUUUGACAGAAAUUUGUAUGUAGGAAUCUUGCAAUGGAUGUUGCUAUUGCUAUACCAUACAGCCAGAGAAUAUCAAGCCAAAGUAGUUUUAGAACACCAAAUAUUAAUGUUUUGCGUACCUGUUUCACCCGCCAUUUUGUUUACUGUAUACUUUGUUGUUUAAUAUGCUACUUGUUAUGCACUUAAGUUAAAUCAUUGUUAUGUUUUGAGCUUGUUAUUAAGUCAUUAUUUGAGUAAAUAUUCUUAUACAAAUAUAUUUAGGUUGUGACAUUGUAUUAAUAAUUAUAAAAAAUAGUUUAAUGAAAUGUUCUGAAGAUAAAUAAGAAUUGGAUAAAAAAAGUAAAAUUUAUGAAACUUCACAUUAAAAGUAUGAUCUAUCAACUAAAAACAUUAUACGUAACAAAUACGCCUAAAAUAUGCCAAACAAAUUAAAAAUAUUUUUUCUGAAGAAUCUAUUAUCGUAGAAACUUGCUCAAAUGAAAUACAGCCAAAUGAUGCAAUAGUUAUAUUUUCAUUCCAAUGCGCAUGUUUGAAUCUGCAGCUAUCAUCACAAAUUUAAAAGGAUUAUGUAACAUAGCGAUAAUUCUUAAUUUUAAUUUUUUCAAGUUCGCUUUUAUUCUAACGUAUGUGAGAAAAAAAGUAGUAUGUAAAAUGGUAACGCACAGCUAUAAGGUUGUAAGUUUUCGAAAUUAACAACAUUACAUUUUCUAAGACUUUAUUUCGUUCCGAUCCGACUUUCUCCAUUCGAUAAUUGAUAUUAGAAAAACAUGUAAUACAUGUUGUACGUCGAUGUUACGCACUAUUGUGAUAUAUGUAACGCGAUAGAGAGUGAAUAUGCUAGUAGUAUUUUGUGUAUAAGCGUUCCACCCAAAUGCAAAAUAGGAAUGAAUAGGAGUAUCUAUUUAUAAAUAUUAGCUUUUUAUCUUUGUCAGAAGUAUUAAAAAUGCCUCUUCUCCCAAUCGAAAUGAAAAGCAGAGUGGACAUAAGAGUGUAUACCUACACAUUUUAUACUCGAUCUACAUCUGCUCUCGCCUGGCAGCUCGUUUAAGUGCCUCAAAUAUGAGUAUAUAUAGUGUAUACGUAGGUAUUAAAUUAAAGAUUUAAAAAACCCAUAUAGUAGUAUACCCUAUAAUGGACGUGGAACCAGUAAUGGGACAAAAAAACAUAAUUCCUCUAAAAUAAGUAUCUAAAAGUUAGUUUAUAAACACUGGCUGUAUAUUAUCAUAAAUAAGAGUCCUAGAGCUGUUUCAGUUUGAAGUUUCAUUAAGUUUGGUUGUUUUUUAAGAAAAUGGCGCCAACCCAAAAGUUGUCGUGUCACUGAAAAAAAAUACCACUACGAAUUCUUAACAACCUCGUUAAGAGAGUUGAGUUAAUUUAUUAAAUUUUGAUUAAUUAAUACUUGAUGAAAACUAGAAUGUGUUUUGUUAAUUGCAUUUACCAUGAGAUAAGGUAUACAACACACUAUGUUGUGACUCCACAGAUGUAAAAAAAUAGGGGUAUUUGGCUCAAUCCCAUUAUAGGAGCUGUAAAACUGCGUGUCUCCUAUAAUGGGACAAUUGACAGAAUAAUGCUUGCCAUGCCAUAAUUUCAUGUUUAAACAAUAGAAAAGUAAAAUGUAGUUACGAAAUAUGUCAAUCAGGAGGUAUUCUCGGACUUCGGAUAAAUUAAUAUCGUUUUUACAAACUUUUAUUUAACGUGCCCUGUUAGUUAGUGUGGGUCCAAUCUUGGUAGCUGAAUUUGAGCCACUUUUCGAUUUCCGAUUCAGUUGAAAUUUCGUGUAAGUACGUAAUUAAGUAUGCAAAUCGGAUGAUAAUGCAAUAUUAUGAUAACAUAUAUGGACCUGAUCUGAUGAUGGAGACAGGAGGUGGUCAUGGGAACUUUAUCGCAAUAAACCCUAACUAAUUGUGUUUGGGUAUUUUAGAAUUGUCUCGAUGGAUCUAAUACAAUAAUAAUUGGCUGUGGAAAGAAAAAUACAUUCAGCGAUAAAAGCUUAUACCAAAAAUUGAUUUUUUUGCCGUAACUUAUUCCCCAUUUCAACAUUUUAUACUGAUAGAGCAAUGUCCAUUAUAGGGGGCCCAUUACUGGAUCCACGUCCAUUACCGGGGGCCCAUUACUGGAGCUUUGGUGUCCAUGACUGGAGAAAAAAAGCAUAGUUUUAAUUUGUUAAAUAUGUGGAAACUAAUUGCAGUAUCUUUGAUACAACACGCCUAAAACAUGAAAGACGGAUAGGACUUUCAUCUUUUAACACGCUAAGCGGUAGACCAUUUACAUGUAUAAGGGAAAUAUCAUAAAUACUCCAAAUUUCCUCUUAAAUGUCCCAUGACUGGUGCUGUUACUAUAUAUGUAUAGCGUAGUAUACCAACAAAAUCCAUUUUAUGCAAAAAAUGCCUUACAUGAUACAUCAUUUUGGAAACGAGCUGAUACUCUUCAAACUGCUGGAUCGAUUUCUAUGAAACAUAGCUAAGAUAAGAGCCACCGCAAGAAAACUUCGCUUCGCUUUCACGUAAAAAAACCGCAUCGAAAUCAGUCCAUUCGUUGGAGAUCUACGAUGCCACAGACAGACAUUGGCGUCAAAUGUAUAAAACCCCUCUUUUUGCGUCGGAGGUUAAAAAUAGGUUGUUUUAUGUUGUCAUUGUACAAUCUUCUAUUACAUUAAUGUCAUUUCCGGUGGAACGCUUCUCAAUGUUUUAAACCACUAAUUACGUACGGUUUGCAGUAUUUGCUAGUAUUUUAACUACAGGGCUGUUUCCCCAGUUAUAUUAUCUAGUCGUAAUAAGUCAUUGCAAAAACGUAGUCACGUAACGGAGUUUUUAUUUUUAAUUUACAUACAGGGUGAUUCAUGAGACGUGAGCAGGACUAAUCCUGCAUACUCAGUAACUGAUAAUUGACCGAUCACCGUCGUAUUUAGGUGAAACAACCACACUUUUUCCUAUUUUUUUUACUUUUUGGCGAAGGCAAAUUUAAUUCUCUACAAUCAUGGUCACCCUACAAGACCUAAUUAAUAAACAUAAAACCUCUUUAACCGUAAUGACAGCAUUAUGAUUACGAAGAAAAUAAACUGUCAAACUUGAGUGAGAUACGAGUUUUCAAAAGUAACCAGACCGUGAUGACAUUAAAUUUGACACAGAAUAUCGAUAGUUUACUAUUCUGAUUGUAGGGUGACCAUGCAUGUCGUAAAUAAAUUAAUAACUUUUUUUUUUCAACACGACUAGAAAAUUAACGUUAACCUCACUAAUACUGAUACGAAACAGUUGGUUAUAAUUUACGAAAUGCGCAGUGUUAGUCCUGCUCACGUCUCCUGAAUCACCCUGUAUAUACUGGGUGAUUCUGGGGUUAUGAUAAGGAAUGACAACGUGAUAAAGACGAUUCAUUAACAAAGUUUACAUGGGACUAAAGUGAACGUAACGAAAAGAAAAUGACGAUCGAUAUGCUUAAUUAUCUCGAUUCCGUGUUUUUUUAUGAGAUGAUCAUAUGUGACCAUCUUCAUAUCUUUUUAACGGACUUUAAUUAUUUAAAAUUAGAUUCCCAUUUUAAUUCAACAUUUUUGUCAUUUCUGAUCCCAACACGGAAUCACCCAUUAAUUGUGAUUUAUAUAGUAUACGCUAUGAAAUAAAUUAUUAUAUUUAAAUAGACAUGCUAAAGAUAUUGCCGUAUGUUUGGAAUGUAUUACAAUAUAGCCUAUCUCGAGUGUGACAUUUUACAAUAAAAUAUCUAAAACUGGA